AUGGGAGAGAUUAAUAUUCCCGGACUCGAAGAACCGGAUCCUUCUAGAAGCAUACCAGGAGGUGCAUUCUUUACAAGCCAGACCAGCAGUAAUUCGAAUGAUUUUCAAAACUUAGGAAGCAACUUUAUACAAAACUUAGAAGCAGCCUCACAGCGUAGCGUAUCUAGUUUCAUCAAUAAUGCAAAUGAUAGAAAUUCACAUAACAGUAACUUAAGAAGUAGCAGUACAUCAAAUAAUAGCAAUGGUUCAAGUGGUACCAGCCCAAUAGCUAACAGCAGUGAAUUAGGUUACAACAGUCGAUCAGAUUUAAGUAGCGGAUUAAAUAAUAGUGCAUUAACUGGCGGUAAUAGAUUAAGCAGCAGUAACAGACCUAGUGGUAGCAGAGAAUCAAAUAGCAGUAGCAGAUCAUAUAGCAGCAGUGGCUCAAGCAGUAUCAAUAAUGGAUCAAGUGACAGCAAUAGUUCAAGCAACAGCAAUGAGUCAAACGGCAGCAGUGACUCAAACAGCAGCAGUGGACCAAGCGUUAGCAAUGGAUCAAGCAGUAGCAAUGGUUCAAGUGGCAGCAGUGGCUCAAGCAGUAGCAACGGAUCAAGCAUUAGCAGUGGGUUAGGUAGCAACAAUAGAUCAAGCGGCAACAGUGGCUCAAGCAGUAGCAAUGGUUCAAGUGGCAGCAGUGGUUUAAGCAGUAGCAAUGGUACAAGUGGCAGCAGUGGAUCAAGCAGCAGCAAUGGAUCAAGCGUUAGCAGUGGGUCAAGCAGCAGCAAUGGGUUAAGUGACAGUAGUGGAUCAAGCAGCAGCAAUGGUUCAAGUGGCAGCAAUGGGUCAAGCGGCAGCAAUGGCUCUAGCGGCAGCAAUGGAUCAAGCGGCAGCAGUAGCUCCAGCAGUAUCAACAAUGGAUCAAGCAGCAGCAGUGGGUUAAGCAGCAGCAAUGGUUCAAGUGGCAGCAGUGGCUCAAGCAGUAGCAAUGGCUCAAGCAGCAGCAACAAUGGAUCUACUGGCAGCGGUGCCUCAAGCAGUAGCAAUGAGUCAAGUAGCACUAGUGGCUCAAGCAGCAGCAGCGGAUCAAGCAUUAGCAGUGGGUUAAGCAGCAACAGUGAAUCAAGCGGCAGCAGUGGCUCAAGCAGUAGCAACAAUGGAUCGAGCGACAGCAGUGGCUCAAGCAGUAGCAAUGGUUCAAGUGGCAGCAGUGGUUCAAGCAGCAGCAAUGGCUCAAGCAGUAACAAUGGAUCAAGUGGCAGCAGUGACUCAAACAGCAGCAGUGGAACAAACGGAAGCAGUGGCUUAAGCAGUAGCCAUGGUUCAAGUGGCAGCAGUGGCUCAAGCAGUAGCAAUAGUUCAAGUAGCAGCAGUGGUUCAAACAGCAGCAAUGGCUCAAGCAGCAGCAACAAUAGAUCAAAUAGCAGCAGUGGCUCAAGCAGCAGCAAUGGCUCAAGCAGCAGCAACAAUGGAUCUACUGGCAGCGGUGCCUCAAGCAGCAGCAAUGAGUCAAGUGGCAGCAGUGGCUCAAGCAGUAGCAACAAUGGAUCAAGCGGCAGCCGCGGCUCAAGCAGUAGCAAUGGUUCAAGCGGCAGCAAUGGCUCAAGCAGUAGCAAUGGUUCAAGCAGUAGCCGUGGAUCAAGCAGCAGCAAUGGGUCAGGUGGCAGCAGUGGCUCAAACAGCAGCAGUGGCUCAAGCAGAAAUGAAAAUGGAUCAACUGGCAGCAGUGGUACAAGCAGCAGCAAUGGCUCAAGCAGCAGCAACAAUGGAUCUACUGGCAGCGGUGCCUCAAGCAGCAGCAAUGAGUCAAGUAUCACUAGUGGCUCAAGCAGCAGCAACGGUUCAAGCAUUAGCAGUGGGUUAAGCAGCAACAGUGAAUCAAGCGGCAGCAGUGGCUCAAGCAGUAGCAACAAUGGAUCAAACGGCAGCAGUGGCUCAAGCAGUAGCAAUGGUUCAAGUAGCAGCAGUGGUUCAAGCAGCAGCAAUGACUCAAGCAGCAGCAAUGGAUCAAGCGUUAGCAGUGGGUCAAGCAGCAGCAAUGGGUUAAGUGGCAGCAGUGGUUUAAGCAGCAGCAAUGGCUCAAGCAGUAGCAAUAAUGGAUCGAGUUACAGUAGUGGAUCAAGCAGCAGCAAUGGUUCAAGUGGCAGCAAUAGGUCAAGCGGCAGCAAUGGCUCUAGCGGCAGCAAUGAAUCAAGCGGCAGCAGUAGCUCCAGCAGUAUCAACAAUGGAUCAAGUGGCAGCAGUGGGUUAAGCAGCAGCAAUGGUUCAAGUGGCAGCAGUGGUUCAAUCAGCAGCAAUGGCUCAAGCAGUAGCAACAAAUUAUCAAGUGGCAGCAGUGGUUUAAGUAGCAGUAAUGGCUCAAGCAGUAGCAACAAUGGAUCAAGUGGCAGCAGUGGUUCAAGCAGCAGCAAUGGCUCAAGCAGUAACAAUGGAUCAAGUGGCAGCAGUGGCUCAAACAGUAGCAGUGGAUCAAACGGCAGCAGCAACAAUAGAUCAAGUGGUAGCAGUGGCUCAAACAGUAGCAAUGGUUCAAGUGGCAGCAGUGGUUCAAGCAGCAGCAAUGGCUCAAGCAGCAGUAAUGGAUCAAGCGUUAGCAGUGGAUUAAGCAGCAGCAAUGGAUUAAUCAGCAACAAUGGCUCAAGCAGCAGCAUCAAUGGAUCUACUGGCAGCGGUGUCUCAAGCAGCAGCAAUGAGUCAAGUGACAGUACUGGCUCAAGCAGUAGCAACAAUGGAUCAAGCGGCAGCAAUGGCUCAAGCAGUAGCAAUGGUUCAAGCAGCAGCAGUGGAUCAAGCAGCAGCAAUGGGUCAAGUGGCAGCAGUGGUUUAAGCAGCAGCAAUGGCUCAAGCAGUAGCAACAAUGGAUCAAGCGGCAGCAAUGGCUCAAGCAGUAGCAAUGGUUCAAGCAGCAGCAGUGGAUCAAGCAGCAGCAAUGGGUCAAGUGGCAGCAGUGGUUCAAGCAGCAACAAUGGAUCAAGCGGCAGCAGUGGCUCAAGCAGUAGCAAUGGUUCAAGAGGCAGCAGUGGCUCAAGCAGCAACAAUGGAUCAAGCAGUAACAAUGGGUCAAGUGGCAGCAGUGACUCAAGCAGCAGCAAUGGAUCAAGCGUUAACAGUGGUUCAAGCAGCAGCAAUGGAUCAAGCGACAGCAGUGGCUUAAGCAGUAGCAAUGGAUUAAGCGGCAGCAGUGGCUCAAGCAGUAGCAAUGGUUCAAGUAGCAGCAGUGGUUCAAGCAGCAGCAAUGUUUCAAGUGGCAGCGGUGGUUCAAGCAGCAGCAAUGGAUCAAGCGUUAACAGUGGUUCAAGCAAUAGCAAUGAAUCAAGUGGCAACAGUGGUUCAAGCAGUAGCAACAAUGGAUCAAGCGGCAGCAGUGACUCAAGCAGUAGCAAUGGUUCAAGUGGCAGCAGUGGCUCAAGCAGCAUCAAUGGAUCAAGCAGCAGCAGUGGCUCAAGAAGUAGUAAUGGUUCAAGUGGUAGCAAUGGUUCAAGCAGCAGCAAUGACUCAAGCAGCAGCAAUGGAUCAAGCAGUAACAAUGGAUCAAGUGGCAGCAGUGGCUCAAAUAGCAGCAGUGGCUCAAGUAGCAGCAAUGUAUCAAAUGGCCGCAGUGGCUCAAAUGGCAGCAGUGAUUCAAACAGCAGCAAUGGUUCAAGUGGCAGCAGUAGCUCAAGCAGCAGCAAUGGGUCAAGCAGCAGCAAUGGGUCAAGCAGCAACAACGGAUCAAAUCGCAGCAACGGCUUAAACAUCAACAACAACGGAUUAAGUAGCAGCAGUGUCACAAGUAGCAGAAGUGAGUCAACCAGCAGCAGUGGCUCAAACAGCAGCAGUGGAUCAAGCAGCAACAAUGGAGCAAGUGGCAAUAGUGGCUCAAGGAACGGCAAUGUAUCGAGUAUCAGCAGAGACUUAAACAGCAUCAGCAAUGGAUCAGGCGAUAGCAGUGGCUUAAGCAGCAGCAAUGGAUCGAGUAACGGCAUCAGCGUCUUAAGUAACAGUAAUGGAUCUAAUCAAAGUAUUGGAUAUCAAAGCAAUAGCAGCCAGGGAAGCGUUGGUAGUGAUAGCAGUUCAAGCUCUAGCAGCAGUCUGCAACAAUCCAGUUCAAGCGAAAAUGAGAACAGUAGCUCUUUUCAACAAAGUAGCAGUUCCAGACAAGUUAGCAGUGCAAACGAGACUGAGAGCAGUGACUCAUACCAGUCCUCGAAUUCGUCGAAUUCAUUCCAGUCGUACAACUACUUUAGUAUAAAAUGUCGGCGAUGGGAGAUAGCGGUCAGGUUACUACUAGAGGCCGAAAGGAAAAUGAAGUUCACUGUAGCUCUUCUGGUUAUAGCGGCUUUCGUGGCCGUCCAGGCGGCUCCAAGAGCGAACCCCAACGCCAUCAUCUCUCAGUCAUCUAGCAGUAGUUCUGAAAGUUCGAGCAGCAGCAGCAGCAGCAGUAGUAGCAGCUCCGAAAUCGAAAACAAUGGCCUGUCCAGCAUCUCCUCCAGUAGCCAAUCAUCACAGAGCAGUUCCGGAUCUAGCUCCUCCCAAAGUAGCUCAUCCGAGAGCCUGAUCGAUGGCGGUUUGAUUUCUCAAAGUAGCCAAUCCGCUCAGAGUUCAAACAGUGCUGGAUCUAGCUCAUCUUCCCAACAAUCAUCACAGAGUUUGAUCAAUGGUGGCUCAUCCAUUAUUAGUCAAGCGUCUCAGAGCUCCAACAGCGCUGGAUCUAGUUUAGCUUCACAAAGUAGCCAAGCUUCUCAAAGUGCAAACAGUGCUAGCUCAUCUCAAAACUCCAGUAGUGGAAGUAGUAGUUCAAACAACGCCAGUAGUGGAAGCAGCAGCUCAAACAACUCCAGCGGCAGCAGUAGUUCAAACAACUCCAGUGGAAGCAGCAGCUCAAACAACUCAAGCAGUGGUUCAAAUAAUUCUAGUGGCAGCAGCAGCUCCAACAACUCCAGCAGUGGAAGUAGCAGCUCAAACAACUCUAGUGGAAGCAGCUCAAACAAUUCCAGUGGUAGCAGCAGCUCAAACAACUCAAGCAGUAGUUCCAACAACUCUAGUGGUAGCAGCAACUCAAACAACUCCAGCAGUGGAAGCAGCAGCUCAAACAACUCUAGUGGUAGCAGCAGUUCAAACAACUCUAGUGGAAGCAGCUCCAACAACUCUAGUGGUAGCAGCAGCUCAAACAACUCUAGCAGUGGAAACAGCAGCUCUAACAACUCUAGCAGCGGUAGCAGCGCUAACAACUCCAGUGGCAGCAGCAGCUCUAAUAACUCUAGUGGUAGCAGCAGCUCAAACAACUUCAGCAAUGGUAGCAGCAGCUCAAACAACUCUAGCAGUGGAAGCAGCAGCUCAAACAACUCUAGCAGCGGCAGCAGCUCUAAUAACUCUAGUGGUAGCAGCAGCUCAAACAACUCUAGCAGCGGCAGCAGCUCUAACAAUUCAAGUGGUAGCAGCAGUUCAAACAACUCUAGCAGCGGCAGUAGCUCUAACAACUCUAGCAGCGGUAGCAGCUCAAACAACUCUAGCAGCGGCAGCAGCUCAAACAACUCUAGCAGCGGCAGCAGCUCUAACAACUCUAGUGGCAGCAGCAGCUCAAACAACUCCAGUGGCAGCAGUUCAAACAACUCUAGUGGUAGCAGCAGCUCAAACAACUCCAGUGGCAGCAGUUCAAACAACUCUAGUGGCAGCAGCUCAAACAACUCUAGUGGUAGCAGCAGCUCAAAUAACUCUAGUGGAAGCAGCAGCUCAAACAAUUCUAGCAGCGGUAGCAGCUCUAACAAUUCCAGCAGUGGUAGCAGCUCAAACAACUCUAGUGGCAGCAGUAGCUCAAAUAAUGCCAGUAGUGGAAGUAGCAGCUCAAAUAACGCAAGCAAUAGUUCCAACAACUCUAGUGGUAGCAGCAGCUCAAACAACUCCAGCAGUAGUUCCAACAACUCUAGUGGUAGCAGCAGCUCAAACAACGCUAGUGGAAGUAGCUCCAACAACUCUAGUGGUAGCAGUAGCUCAAACAACUCUAGCAGUGGAAGCAGCAGCUCAAACAACUCUAGUGGAAGUAGCUCCAACAACUCUAGUGGUAGCAGUAGCUCAAACAACUCCAGCAGUGGAAGCAGCAGCUCAAACAACUCUAGUGGAAGCAGCUCAAACAACUCUAGUGGCAGCAGCUCAAACAACUCCAGUGGCAGCAGCAGCGCUAACAACUCCAGCAGCGGUAGCAGUAGCUCAAACAACUCCAGUGGCAGCAGCAGCGCUAACAACUCCAGCAGCGGUAGCAGUAGCUCAAACAACUCUAGUGGAAGCAGCAGCUCAAACAACUCUAGUGGAAGCAGCAGCUCAAACAACUCUAGUGGAAGCAGCAGCUCAAACAACUCUAGUGGAAGCAGCAGCUCAAACAACGCUAGUGGAAGCAGCAGCUCAAACAACUCUAGUGGAAGCAGCAGCUCAAACAACUCUAGCGGAAGCAGCAGCUCAAACAACUCUAGUGGAAGCAGCAGCUCAAACAACUCUAGCGGAAGCAGCAGCUCAAACAACUCUAGCAGUGGUAGCAGUGCUGGCAAUAGUUCUGGCAGCAGCAGCAGCAACUCCAGUGGUUCCAGCGGUAUCGGCAGUCUUUCCCGUAACUCCUCGUCAAGCAGCAGUAGCCAAGCAGCCGGCAGCAGCAGCAGCAGGAGGGUCAGCGCCGACGGCAGCAGCUCAAGCUCAAGCGCAUCCAACUCAGCUGCAGCCCAAAACAGUGCAAGUAGCAGUGAGACCAUCAACGCUGACGGUAGCGAGAACGAAUCCAGCAGUUCUAGCAGCAGUGCCGCCCAGAACAGCGCCAGCAGUAGCCAGGUCAUAAACGCUGAUGGCAGUCAGAGCAGCUCGAGCUCCAGCAGCAAUGCAUCGAACCAAGCCAGCGCAACUUCCUCAUCGUCAGUCAGCGCUGACGGAUCUGAAUCCGAGAGCAGCAGCAGCUCUUCAAGCUCCUCAAGCUCUUCUAGCGAAUCGUCAUCAUCCUCAAGCUGGUCCAGUGCAUAGAUCACUCGCUUGUGUCGUACCUUACACUAAUUGACUUUGUUACAUUGAUUGAUAAAGUCGAUUAGUAAUUAACUUGGCAUUCUUAAAAGGCUAUGUUUUAGAAUAUUUACUUUAAUUAUUUGACCGAAGGGUAUUGGUAAAAUAUGUCGUUAUACAAUCAAAAUGUAUUCCACCCUGCUACGCACCCUUCGAGUCAGCAAGCAUUUAGUUGAAAAUGUAAAAAAAAUCGCAGUUUAAAAUAAAGAUUUUGUGAGCAUUGUU